GAAUGUUGUUGUCGGGGCGGGCGGGGCCGCGCGGCGAAGAUGGAGGAGGAGGCGGGGGGGCGGCGGGGUGCGCGCCGGGCGGCACCGGGGGGACCCCAGGGCUCCCGGGCGGCGCGGGCACAGCCCCGGUGCCCCGGCCGGCGCUGACGGACACGCGCCUCUGCGAGCCCCCCCGGCACCCGCGGGCCACCAUGGACCCCCAGAGCGACACAGUUCGUGGCCCCUUCAGGGGGUGUCUCUCUGCAGAGGGGGGGUCCGGCCAUGAGCCCCCGCUGGAGCUGCUGCCCCGUGUCCCCCUGCACGCUGCCCUGCCCGCCCCAGCCCCUUCCAUCAUCACCGGGGAGGGGUCCCCAUCCCUUUUCCCCCCCGACCCAGCGUGUCCGGCAGGGCCGGAGGGGCCCGAGGGGCCGGGGCCGGAGGCGGGGGUGGACGCGGGGCUGGCGGCGGCGCGGGAGCAGCAGCUGCAGCGGGAGCUGGUGGCCCUGAAGCAGCAGCAGCAGCUCCAGAAGCAGCUGCUCUUCGCCGAGUUCCAGAAGCAGCACGAGCACCUCACCCGCCAGCACCAGGUCCAGCUGCAGAAGCACCUCAAGCAGCAGCAGGAGGCCCUGGCAGCCCGGCGGCAGCAGGAGCUGGAGCAGCAGCGGCAGCGGGAGCGGCAGGAGCUGGAGGCGCAGCGCCUGGAGCAGCUCCAGAGCCUGCGCCCCAAGGAGCGGGGCCGUGACAGCGCCAUCGCCAGCACCGAGGUGAAGCUGAAGCUCCAGGAAUUCCUGCUCAGCAAGACGAAGGAGCCGGGCCCCGGCCCCCCCAACCAUUCCCUCCCCCAGCACCCCAAAUGUUGGGCUCACCACACCUCGUUGGACCAGAGUUCCCCCCCCCAGACCGGCAGCCCGGGGACCCCCCCGUCCUACAAGCUCCCCCUCCUCGGCACCUACGACGGCCGGGACGAUUUCCCGCUCCGCAAAACCGCCUCGGAGCCCAACCUGAAGGUGCGCUCGCGGCUGAAGCAGAAGGUGGCCGAGAGGAGGAGCAGCCCCCUGCUGCGGCGCCGCGACGGCUCCGUGCUCAGCGCCUUCCGCAAGCGCCACGUGGAGAUCACCGGUGCGCGGGGACACCGGGGACACCGCGGUGGGGGCACCGGGGACACUGUGGUGGGGACACCCAGGGACACUGUGCUGGGGACACCGUGGUGGGAGGACACUGCGGGGACACCCGGGCAGCUCCUGCCCCAGCCCCGUGCCCUGGCCCUGGACGGGGCCCAGCUCAGCCUCUACACGUCCCCGUCGCUGCCCAACCUGUCCCUGGGGCUGCAGGCCACUGUCACCGUCACCAGCGCCCACCUCCCCGUGUCCCCCAAGCUGUCCCCACAGGCAGAGGCCGAGCGGCCAGGGGUGCCCCCGGGGGUGUCCCCGCUGCGCCCCGGGGCCACCCUCACCGGCAAGUUCCUGAGCACGUCCUCGAUCCCGGGCUGCCUGCUGGGGGUGGCCCUGGACGGGGACACCCCCGCCGGGUCCCCGUCCCUGCUGCAGCACGUGCUGCUGCUGGAGCAGGCGCGGCAGCAGAGCACGCUCAUUGCAGGUGAGCCCGAGUGCCUGCCGCGUGUCCCCGCCGUGUCCCCUCCGUGUCCCCCUGGUCCUCCUUCAGUGUCCCCUCAGUGUCCCCCGAUCACUCCCUCCGUGUCCCCUCCGUGUCCCCCUGGUCCUCCCUCACUCACGCCGCCCCCUCCCCAGGUGUACCCCGAGGCGCCGCUGCAGCUCUUCCCCGCGCCCCCCCUGGGGGUCCUGGCUCUGCCCCACCCCGCCCUCGCCCGCACCCAAUCGUCCCCGGCCAGCGUCAAACCCCCCCAGCCCGAGGGGCCCCCCAAGCACCUCUUCACCACAGGUGUGGUGUACGACACGUUCAUGCUGAAGCACCAGUGCACCUGCGGCAACACCACCAUCCACCCCGAGCACGCCGGCCGCAUCCAGAGCAUCUGGUCCCGGCUGCAGGAGACGGGGCUGCUGGGCAAGUGCGAGCGGAUCCGGGGCAGGAAGGCGACGCUGGAGGAGAUCCAGACGGUGCACUCGGAGCACCACGCGCUGCUCUACGGCACCAGCCCCCUGAACCGCCAGAAACUGGACAGCAAAAAGCUGCUGGGUCCCAUCACUCCGAAGACGUACACGGUGCUGCCGUGCGGGGGCAUCGGGGUGGACAGUGACACGGUGUGGAACGAGCUGCACUCGUCCAGCGCGGUGCGCACGGCCGUGGGCUGCCUGCUCGAGCUGGCCUUCAAGGUGGCCGCAGGGGAGGUCAAGAAUGGCUUCGCUGUCAUCCGCCCCCCAGGCCACCACGCCGAGGAGUCCACGGCCAUGGGCUUUUGCUUCUUCAACUCGGUGGCCAUCUCGGCCAAGCUGCUGCAGCAGCGGCUCAGCGUGGGCAGGAUCCUCAUCGUGGACUGGGACAUCCACCACGGCAACGGGACCCAGCAGGCCUUUUACAGCGACCCCCACGUGCUCUACAUCUCCCUGCACCGCUACGACGACGGCAACUUCUUCCCGGGCAGCGGGGCCCCCGAGGAGGUGGGCAGCGGGCUGGGCGUGGGCUACAACAUCAACAUCGCCUGGACCGGCGGCGUGGACCCCCCGAUCGGGGACGUGGAGUACCUGACAGCCUUCAGGACGGUGGUGAUGCCCAUCGCCAAGGAGUUCUCCCCGGACCUGGUGCUGGUCUCCGCCGGCUUCGACGCCGUCGAGGGCCACCUGUCCCCUCUCGGUGGCUACUCCGUCACCGCCAAGUGUUUCGGGCACCUGACGAAGCAGCUGAUGAUGCUGGCGGGGGGCCGGGUGGUGCUGGCGCUGGAGGGGGGACACGACCUGACGGCCAUCUGCGACGCCUCGGAGGCCUGUGUCACCGCCCUGCUCGGCCUCGAGCUGGAGCCCCUGGACCCGGCCCUGCUGCAGCAGAAGCCCAACGUGAACGCGGUGGCCACGCUGGAGAAGGUCAUCGAGAUCCAGAGCCGGCACUGGGGCUCCGUGCGGCGCUUCGCCGCCGCCGUGGGCCGGUCCCUGCUGGAGGCGCAGCGCGGGGACACCGAGGAGGCCGAGACGGUGACAGCCAUGGCCCUGCUGUCCGUGGGCGCCGAGCGCGCCGGGACGGAGCCACAGGCCAGGCCAGCAGAGGAGCCAAUGGAGGCCGAGCCCACGCUCUGACCCGCCCAGCUCAUCCAGCAAACCAAGGAACACCCGGAAGAGAUGAAAAACACACACAAAAAAAAAAUCACAGUAAAAGAAAAAAAAAAAAAAUCCAAAACACACACAAAAAAAAAAAAAAA